AAAAGCACCUUAAACAAAUAGUAAAACAACCAAGAAGAAGAAAAAAAAAAUAUGGAAAGUGAAUGUUUUCCAAGAAAACUCCGUUAUGAUAUUAGUAUGUCAAAAAGAACAAGAAAAUCACCAGUAAUUAUCAAAGAAGAAGCUAUCAAAAGUCCCGAGCACCCUCAACAAUUAAUCAAUUCAGUGGAAAACAGAGAAGAUGUAAUUAGUAAUGAAGAGGAAGAAGAAGAUAAGAAGAAGAGUUUGAAGCAGCUGAUUGAAGGUAGAGGAACUUCUUUAGGACACCAUUUUACAGAAGAAGAAAAGCAACUUCAGUUGGUGGUGAAACAGCCAGAAGGAAGUUUGAUGAAUGGAUUGAAAUUCAAGCAAAUGGUGAGUCGUUAUACCAAAGUUUUAAGUCAUAUGAUUAAGCUCAAGAGAAAGAAGCCUGCAGCUUACAUAUUGAAAAUGCAGGUCCAUAAUAAGCCUACAUCUUGAGUUUUAUAGGUCAACUUUAUAUUCCUUGAGCUCUUUUCUAUUUGUAAAAAAGAGCCGCUCACCACAACAGAGAGUGUGUGUGUAUGUGUACCUUCUCUACUUCAAUUUAAGCUCUUAUACAUACAUAUGAAUAAUUCUUGGGUGGAACUUCUUCCACAUAUACUACAAGUUCAUGACGAUAACUCUGUCACAAAAUUGUUACAGAUUUGUGAUUUUUUUGUAUGGAAUUCAUCAAUGUAGGAAAAAUUUGUGA